AAGCGGCAGUCGUGCGCCGGCCGUCGCCGUGGCCGCACCUCCGCGCAGUUCCAUUCCUCCGCGGCACCACCACGCGCUAAAUGGCGCCCAAACCGGGACCUUGCUCACGCGGGUGAUCUGUGGUGGGCAGCGGACAGCCGCGGCGCAAACCCACAUGCUGACGAUAUGGAUACAGUAUGGCCGCGGCAUAUUGGCUCAACUCGCUGGGAUGUCUGUCGCUGUCGUUAAUUUGUCUCUUCACCACUACUCUUCAAACCACAAACGUGCUCGCGGGCGAGACCACGGAGCUCUCGAGCCGGGCCACGUUCGCUGACCCCUCGCCUACUAAACUUCCAAAGUGCGACCGCACGUUCGUGAGCCGCGGCGGCACUACCAACGGCACCUUCCACGCGCCGGAGCUAAUCAACCCCGGAAACCACAGCAGGCAGUGCUUGUACACGUUCCUAGCGGCGCCGGGGCAGCGCGUGCUCGUCCAGUUUCGCACCUUCGAGCUACGAGGCAAACCACCAGAUGGAGCCGCAGUGGGGGAACUUCCAGCAUGUAUGCACGAGUACAUGGACAUCUACUCGGAAAUGGCGUCUCUGGAGACGGUGGAGCUGGUCAACUCAGCGUUCGGGGGCCGGUACUGCGGACCGAUACCGCCCCGCCGCCGGGUCUCGCUGCACCGGGCCGUCGCUCUGUCCUUCUACACCGACAAGAUGUACACACCACCCACACUGUUCACAGGCAACUACGAGUUCAUCAACGCCUCGGACUUCGAAGUGGGGACUCCGGUGCCGAACACAAUGUGUUCCUUCGUGAUAGAGGCGAACAAGCGCAGAAGAGGGUUGCUGUUGUCACCGACGUACCCCGGGAUAUACCCGAAAGACAUCACCUGCAACUAUAUGUUCAGCGGUCAGCCAGGGCAGCGGAUACGGCUCGAGUUUCGAGACUUCGAUCUGUUUUUCGGCGGACCUCACUGCCCAUUCGACUGGGUGCGCGUGUACGACGGGCCCGACAACACGUCGGCGGUGAUCGGCACGUAUUGCGGCCAGCAGCGCAACCUGGUGCUGUACUCGAGCGACGAGCGGCUGCUCGUCACAUUCUUCACGCUGCCGCGCUCCGCUAGCACGCAGAACCGGGGCUUCAAGGCGAUCUUCGAGUUUUCUGAAAGUUUUGUUAAGUUAGAUUUUAUAAGUAAACACGACGCCGAGCACAUUAGAGGCUCAGAGUGCGACCAGAAGAUCCUUAGUAAAAAGGAGUCCACGGGUUUCGUGUACCAUCCAAAUUAUCCAUUCCCCUAUAUACAAAAAGUUGUUUGUAGAUAUUUUAUAUAUGGUAUGCAAGAUUCACAAAAUUUAGAAAGGGUGCGGCUAGAGUUUCAAAACUUUUCUAUACCUAGAGGAUUCAAAGCGAAACCGGACACUUGCCCAGAUGGUUACCUGAAGGUAUACCUUAGGGGACAAGAAGCGACAGAUUCAUACGAUAAGCACGACGCGGAGCUGUGCGGAGAGGGAGUAAGUGGUCCACCCGCCUUUCCACCACCGUUGGUGUCAGAUGGGCCACGACUUGUGAUGGUGUUCAGCUCUGGAGAGCUACAGGGAAGGGGGUUUAAGGCUAAAUAUACCUUUGAGACUGAAUAUCGCGUACCGGGCACUGCAGCACCGGGCGGGGAGUGUGCGUUCACUUACCGUUCGGAAGCGAAGAAACGGGGAGAGUUCAACUCACCGCGGUACCCCUCCAACUACCCAUCGCGCACUAACUGCACGUACACACUGGACGCGACGCCAAAUGAACAGGUCACCGUGGUGUUCGACCAUUUCAAAGUCCGAGCUGAUUCCUGGAACGCCACCGCUGGCCUUUAUGGGGGCGCGACGUGCAGCGAGGACUGGGUGGAGGCGUGGUGGACGGGGCGCGAGGGCUCGCGGGUGCCGCUGGGCCGCUGGUGCGGGCCCGCCACGCCCGGCCCGCUGCAGUCGCCGCGCGGCGCCGCCGGCCUGCUGCUCGCGCUGCACACCGACGCCGACAGCGUCGCCUCCGGCUUCAAGGCCCGAUAUGUAUUCGAGCCGGCGAAGUCGAUAUUCGGCGACUGCGGCGGGAACAUGUCGGGCGCGGAGUGGGGCGUGGUGACGUCGCCGCGGUUCCCGCUGCCGUACGAGCAGCCGGCGCGCGGCGCCGCGUCCCGCGUCUGCAACUGGUUCGUGACGGCGCGCCCCGGCAAACGAUUGUUGCUCAAUUUUGAACAUUUCGCCGUCGAGGGACAUCUCACUGAGCGCGGAUGUCCUGCGGCGGUUCUCAGGCUGUGGUAUGAAAGUCCGGGCCCUCCGCUCGAGCUUUGUGGGGAGAAGGCACCCUCCGAUAGGUGGCAGUACCUCUCUUCCUCUAACUCAAUACGGUUAUCAUUUAUAAUAGCGGAUAAGGCAGUGGGCGCGGGCGGGUGGCGCGCGGUGUGGACGGAGGUGACGGUGGCGGAGGGCGGCGAGUGCGCGGGGGGCGCGGGGGGCGCGGGCGGCGCGGACCCCGGCGACUGCGCGGGCGCCUGCCUGCCGCCCGCCGCCGCCUGCUCGCGCCUGCAGCACUGCGCCGCCAUGCCGCCCCGCCGCCCGCCGCACUGCGGCAGCGGCGCAGCGGUAGCGGGCGCGGGCUGGGGCGGCGCGUGGUGGCUGGCGGCGGCGGGCGGCGCGACGGGCUGCGCGGCGCUGGGCGCGUGGUGCCGGCGGCGGCGCCGCGCGCGGCCGCGGGCGCCGCCGCCGCCGCCGCGGCCGCCGCCUCGCGCGCUCGCCGCCCGCCUCGCCGCGCCGCAGGACACCGUAUGACGACGCGCCGGCGCC